CCUCCAUAAAUCAGUCCUUGCUGAUGCCUCGACUAUAUAUAUAAAAUAAAAAAAGAGGAUCAGUUCCAAGGAUAUUGAUCAUUACUUUUACAGCCCCAAACACAUCACUCCGAACACCCCUUCGCUUGCGUCAGGGCCAGGAAUGUUGGAAUGUGUCUGGACGCUAUGUGGAUCAUGUUCGGGCCAGUUCCUGGGCGGCCUGGGAGUACCUGAGAGCUGGACCAUUCAUGACGUCUAUGGCCUGGACGAGGAGAUGCUGGGAAUGGUGCCACAGCCGGUCGGGGCCGUCAUCCUCCUCUACCCCUUCUCUGAUACGCAAGAGGACUUUAAGAAGAAGCAGGAGGAGGAGCAGGAAACAGAAGGUGCCGAGGUCCCCGAGAAUGUGUACUUCAUGAAGCAGUUUGUUGGCAAUGCCUGUGGAACUGUUGCCCUCAUCCAUGCCAUCGCCAACAACCGGGACAAGAUCCAGCUUACUGAUGGUGCCUUAAAGGAGUUCCUGGAGAAGACGGAGUCCAUGAGCCCCGAGGAGAAAGGACACGCCCUCGAGGCCGACAACGGCAUCUCCAAAGCCCACGAGGAGUCUGCACAGGAGGGACAGACAGAGGCUCCUGACCGGGAGGCCCAAGUGAACGAGCAUUUUGUAGCCUUUGUACACGUCGAUGGGAAGCUCUUCGAAUUUGAUGGACGCAGAAAGUUCCCCAUCAACCACGGAAGCUCCUCUGCGGACUCCAUUCUUGGUGACGCCGCCAAAGUGUGUCGCCAGUACAUGGACCGCCAGCCUGAGGAGUCGCGCUUUGCCGUGGUCGCCCUUGCCUGCUCCGAGUAAACUAACCUUCACCCAGAUGCCUCCUAGAGCUACAUGUGUGUUUGUUGGGUGAGGGUGACGGGGGAUGGGUGAAUGGUUGGAGGUGCAGCAUUUUGGAUAAGUUUUUUCCCCCCUUUAAGUUAUUCAGUUUAAAUUCUUUCUAAGUCAUUUUCUUCUUCUCUCAUCUUGAGCCUCGUAAGGAGUAUGUUUGUCGGUAUUUAGUGCAAACAUACAACAACAAUGAUGAUAAAGUAGCCAGUUAUUUAUUGUUCUCACUAGUCAUGUUUAUUUUUUCUCAAUCUAAGACCAAUUUGGUAUUUGAAUUGGUCUUUUUUUCUCUUAUGAAUGGGGAAAGUAAUUGUUUAGUGAAUGAUUUUGGAUAAUGAAUGCAUAAUUGAUUGAUUAAAUUUAGAUAUGUUUAAUUUAAUGCAAGGUCUUAAGGCUCUUAUGUAAUUUGUGAAUUGAAAAUAUAAAGUUUAGAAUGUAAAGUAAAAUUUAGAUGCUUGAUAUAUUUAAAAGAGCACUGUGAAGGCCGGCAGUAAGGCUCCCCCACGGCUUGUUAACACAGGGCCAUCUUUACCGAGUGCAUUCCUUAUUUAAUUUUUGAGGGCUGCUGUCAAGUACUUUUUGGAAAUUUUUCUUUUAUUUACUUUUUGAUCAUCUUUACCAAGUGCAUUCCUAUAUUUAAUUUUUGAGGGCUGCUGUCAAGUACUUUUUGGAAAUUUUACUUUUAUUUACUUUUUGGUCAUCUUUACUGAGUGCAUUCCUGUUAUUAAUUUUUGAGUGCUGCUGUCAAGUAUUUUUUGGUGAUUAGUUUUCUGAGUAUGAACACCAGGUAUACUUUUGUUUUGGUUAAAAAAAAUGGUAUUGAUUUUAGAAGAGCUACUCAUUAUAAUAGUAUGAGAUUAUUUUUGAUGCAAUUACAUUUUCCAUCUGUCCCAUAAGUGGCAUUAACUACUGCUGAGUGUCUUCAAGAUGAUGGUUCAGGGCACUUGAUGUGAUGUAUGUGAUAUAUUCAUUGUAUCUUGUUGGCUUACGGCUACACGUAACACCCACCCGCUGAUCUUUGUUCCUAGUCAGUCUGUCUUUAACUAAAUCUUUCACUGGAGUGGAUUUCAACCAUUGUAGCUUUUUAUGGUUACAGCAAAUUUUUUUUAAUUGUCACAAGAAAUAUCAGUUCACUCACUUAUGGUUGAUAUUGUCUGUUCAUCACUUUUAUUAUUAUGUACUGAAGUGGAAAAGAAAAUUUCCUUGCAGGAUUGGCUUUCGAUAAAAGUAAAUUUAUUA